CACACACACACACACGCACAAUGGCUGGGCUAUUUAAUCUGCGGCGCUACGGUGCAUCCAUCGUCCGGCACCAUCUUCUAGCGGGUGGUUCAACCCGUCGGCGACCGCCACCGCACGCGAAUGUGUUCGGCCGUGCGCUGCACACCAGCUCGGUGCUGGACCGAGUCGUUUCCUUCCAUCUGUCCGACAUCGGCGAAGGUAUACGGGAGGUAACGGUGAAGGAGUGGUACGUGAAGGUCGGCGACGUGGUAGAACAGUUUGACAAUCUGUGCGAGGUGCAGAGUGACAAGGCGUCGGUAACGAUCACCAGCCGGUACGAUGGCAAAAUUGUCAAGCUGCACCACAGCGUGGACGAGAUAGCGCUCGUCGGCAAACCGUUGCUCGAUUUCGAUGUGGAAGAUCAGGAGGAGGAUGAUAGUAGCAGCAGUAGCAGCAGCAGCAGCUCGGAUGAAGAACACGAGCGACCGGAUAAGAAAUCUGCAGAAGCUGGUGGACAAGUGCCGACCGGUAAGGUGCUUGCCACACCCGCCGUACGUCGGAUAGCGAUGGAAAAUAAGGUGGACCUGACGAAGGUACCGGCAACUGGGCGUAAUGGUCGCGUACUGAAAGGUGACGUGCUCGAGUUUCUACAGGUCAUUCCGAAGGGUACGGUUAAGCCACAUCCGAGUCUGGUUGCAUCGGGUGGUGCGAAGGAGCAACGCAAACCCGAACCGUCUACACCGACCUUCGAUCUGAAGCAGGCAGAAACGGUCGUACCGUUGAAGGGAGUGGCAAAGGCUAUGAUUCGUUCGAUGACGGAAGCGCUGAAAGUGCCUCACUUUGCGUAUUGCGACGAGGUCGAUGUCACCAAGCUGGUCGAGGUGCGGUCCCAACUUAAGGAGGAAGCGGCCCGCCAGGGCAUUAAGCUCACCUACAUGCCAUUCUUCCUGAAGGCAGCCUCGAACGCGUUGCUCCAAUACCCCAUACUGAACAGUUCCUUCGACGAGUCGGCUGAAAGCGUCAUCUACAAGACGUACCACAACAUCAGCGUUGCGAUGCAGACACCCCAGGGCUUGGUAGUGCCGAAUGUGAAAAAUGUCGAGCAGAAAUCGAUCCUGCAGAUCGCGAACGAUCUGAACGCUCUGCAGGAGCGUGGUGCGAAGGGUGCGCUCACACCGAACGACUUUGCGAACGGUACGUUCGCCCUAUCAAACAUUGGAAUUAUCGGUGGUACGUAUACGCACCCGGUCGUCAUUACGCCGCAGGUCGCGAUCGGUGGGCUCGGCAAAACCCGCGUUUUGCCACGCUUCGACGAAGCUGGACGUGUUGUGCCGGCGCACAUAAUGGUGGUCAGCUGGACCGCGGAUCAUCGCAUCAUCGAUGGCGUUACGAUGGCUAGCUUCUCCAACCUGUGGAAACAGUACCUGGAGAACCCGAACCUGCUCAUGCUGGGCGCCAAGUGAGCGCCACACCCGUGUGCUAAGCAUCCGGGACGGUUUUGGCGUAGCCGACAUUCCCAAUCAAUGUGCCGAUAUUGCAUUUACUAGUUGUUUAAGGAUUUAUAUUAUCUCCACACACUACGCGGACUC